AUUUGUUGAGUUACCCUGAUCUCGCUGCAGUUUUAUAUUUCCUGAACGAACCUACUUGCGUUUUGCUUUUUAAAGUCGCUGCAUGCGUAAAGUGUUUUUGUAAGCGUCUCCAGGUGCGCGGACAAACUCUUCUCGCUAAAACUUUUGUUGUUUUUUUUGUUGCACAACUUACCUGAGUUGUGUUUCCACUCUGCACGCCUCCACUCCUCUCCACCAUGGAUUUGGUUUGGAUUGUGGGCUUCGUUGUGAGCGUCUGCGCCUGGUUUGCUUCAGCGGAGCGGCACAGCGUCUACUGGAACAGCACGAACCCAAAGUUUCUAUGGGAUGACUACGCUGUGGAGGUGAAGCUCAAUGACUAUCUGGACAUCGUCUGCCCCCAUUACCCUCAGGGUGAGGUGCCAUUGCUGGAUGCUGAACGAUACGUGCUCUACAUGGUGGAGCAAGAGGACUAUGAAUCCUGCAAGCCCCAAUCUUACGAUCAGAUGCGCUGGGAGUGUGGCCAUCCCUUUGCUCCUCAUGCCCCUGAGAAGUUCUCAGAAAAGUUCCAGCGUUUUACUCCAUUUACUCUGGGAAAGGAGUUCCGCCAAGGAGAAAGCUACUAUUAUAUCUCCAAACCUUUGCACCACCAUGGACAGGAGUGCCUCAAGCUCAGGGUGGAUGUUGUAGCUGCUGAUGGCUCUCAAGAGGCCAGAGUGGCUAAAGGAGGCACAGGUGGGGCUGCAGUUGGAGCUGGGGGUGGGGUUCACAACCCAUCCAACAGACUGCCUGCAGCAGAUGACCCAGUGGUAAUCCUGCCAGACGUCCAGAAGAGUGUACGGACAAACUCUGCAGUGGCAGCUACAUCCCUUUCAAUCCUUUCAUUGCUAGUCCCAUUUUCAUUACUGCUAUUGUUGCACUGAGAGUACAUGAAAGGACUGCUGUUGGCAGAAUUUUUUUUUUUUCAGGGA